UUGGUUUAGUUUCUCAUGGCUCUCACUCCUCGUUUUGAGCCCGUCCGCGCAUCUCUCCUACAUCGCACUCCUUUACCCACUCUUGAGCAAGCCGUUUCUGAACUCCUGUCCGAGGAAACUAGGUUUGGUACUCUCCAUCCACACCCUGUGGACUCUGUUCUUGCUACUCCCCAGAUUCGGAGUUCUCCUUCCCCACAGCGGUCCACUACCUGCAACUAUUGUCACAACCGCAAUCUUCCAUCGACUCAUCUUCUAGUUCAUUGUCCCGUUCGUCUUUGUCGAUUUUGCAACAAGACUGGCCCCGGUCAUCUCCAACAAGAUUGCUUCCGCAAUCCUACCCGUGCCUCUCGCCAUGGUCCUUCCACCGGGAAUCUUUCCCGCAGCAACUCUCACCGUUCUGGGACUCCAUUUAAAAACAUGCCUGCUCCACGCACUGCUGCUGCCGUCUCCGAAGAUUCACCUUCUUCUGUCCCUGUAGAUCCUUCCACUCCGGUCUUCUCUCAUACCGAUGUUGAAGCCAUGUUUCAACAUUUUUGGCAGCAUUCCGGUACUCCUCCAUCUACUGCUUUGUCUACCACCGCAGGACCCUCGGACCAGGCAAACUCUUGGGAUAGGCCGUAAGCAAGGACGUCUCUACGAAGUUAUCCAUCUUCAUGUUCCGGAUUCCUCUCAAAUCACUGCUCCUACCACUGCUACCACUGCUACCACUGCUCCUCCUUUAUCUCAUUUUCAGCUUUGGCACUAUCGUUUGGGCCAUCUUUCUGUUGGUCGUUUGAAGUCUUUAAUUUCUAGUGGUCAUUUGGGUACUGUAAGUUCUGAUGCUUUCAAUUGUGUGUCCUGUCAACUUGCAAAACAACCUGCUUUGUCGUUUAAUAAAAGUGAUUCUGUUUCUCUUG